AGACACCUAUCUGGGCAGAGCCCCUUUCGCUCGGAAAGCACAUGCCGCAGUCCCCUUCCUCACUGCCGGAUCUGGCGGACCUGGAGAGCGAUGCAACGGAGUCUGUGGUGGAAAGCGUCUUCGGUAAUGGUUGGCCGGACCGGGGGCAGUUCAGCCUGCAGGAGCCUGAGGUGGAGGAAGAGGCCAAUGGCUGGGAGGUGGUGAACAUCAAGUCCAGUCGCUCCUCCUCCUUCAGUGAGAGCCAUGACAAGGGGAAGAACGAGGAGGACCUUAUGGUGGGCUGCCUCGACCCCAGCUGCGAGAAGAUCUUCGGGCCUGGGGAGCAAAGGCUGCGGUGCAGCCUUUGCGGCUUCUUCUUUUGCCACCGCCACCUCCGUAAGUGGCCUGUGAUCUUCAGCAGCGAUUGUCCAGGCAACUCCUUUCUGGACAGCCUCAACCUCCCCAAGUCCAACCCGGUGCUGCUGUGCUCGGAGUGUCGUUUUGAGCUGCUGCCAGAGCGCUUAGAGCUGACUCAGCUCAUGGAGGAGAUCCUCCAGCUGAAGAAGCUUCCCCUAGCAGCCUUGAAGCAGAAGGACGACGCCCUCAUUGAGUACAGCGCUACCUCAUCGGCACUGGAUGUCUUCAGGGAGCGGCGCGAGGACUGCGCGGUCUACAACCGCCACGGCCAGCUGUUGGCUCUCGAGGCCUCCGAGGUGGACAGCGAAAACUUCCCGCUGAGCGUGCGCUGGAAGGUCAGAGCCUCGGCGCGUCAGCUGCUGCUGCGGCUUCUGGACCAACUCAGGCGAUCCUUGCGGCCGUGGACAGAUGCGGAGCGAGACUGGGUCUUCGGCUUAGCUCGGGAGCUGGUGGAGCAGGACAUUUGCUGGUUGGCGCAGAUCUUCCGACAGACCCACUGGGACCGCAUCCGCGAGGCCAAGAGCUGUGCCGAGCUGCUGGAGCGAGUGCAUAGAGACAACAAGCUUCCAGGUCGCGAAGCGCUGCAGCUGCUGAGCACCCUGGGCCGCAACGCCUUCAGCGCCGCCAGUGUCUUGGGGGAGCGCCCGCUGGGGCUGCUGGCUGUGCACGCCGCCCAUUCCAUCAAGGCCAUGGGCGCGGCGGAAGUCGCCUGCUGCCUGGAGCUGCUGUUGGACGCGGCCCAUGAGCUCGGGUCCGCGGGCGCCACCGGGGGCUGCCGCGCCAUCCUGGGGCCCUUGCUGGCGCUGGCGAAGGAGGACGCGGCGCCCAACCGCGCCCUGUGCAACGAGUACUUCUGGGCCCUGGAGGCCCGUGCCGAAGCCAUGGCCCAGCAGCGACGAGAGACCACCACCUACGCGGACACUUGGCCAUCCGUGGCUCUGCAGGAGUUGCUGAAGGCACUGCCACAGGACAUUGAGCUGGGCCUGCUCCGGCAGCACUCAUGGGUGCGGCAUUUGGAGCGCGGGGACUAUGACUGCUGCAAGUUCGAGCCGGCCUGGGGUGAGGAGCGGAUGUUCCCUUUGGCCGUGUGGCCGCCCUACCGGAGCUGCUUGGGCCUGGAGUUCAAGCCCCGCAAGGCAGAGAGCAAGUCGGCCCCGGUGAUCGCACGGUGCUGCUUCCAUGACAGCACCAUUUCGGAGACCGCCAGGGUCACGUCCUCGGCCAUGCGGCCCAGCAGCCGGGAGGUGGCCUUGAGGCGCAAGAGCUCGGGCCUGCUGCUGAAAAAGGAUGUGGGCAUGCACAAGGAGCAGCAGGUCGGCAACACCCUGCGCUUGUUGGAGCUCUAUAUUUGGCAGGACAAAGAGCUGCAGAAGUUGCUACAGGACGAAUGCCUGGCCUUCGAGGACGUCCGCGCUACGUACACCAUCGUCAUGACGGGCCCCGGCACCGCCAUGUUGGAGUUCAUCGACGGGGCCCGCACCCUGCGGGAGGUGCGCACAGGAACGGGCUUGGACAGGUCGGUGCUGGGCACUGUGUUGCUCUUCUCCCCCGGCGAGAAGGGCACGUUGUUGACCUUCCUACGGGCCCACAAUGGCAAACCGGACCUGGCGAAGGCUUUGGCGCGGCUCAGCUUCACCGCGGCCGUCAGCGCCGUGCUGAGCUUCGUGGCCGGCCUCGGCGACAGGCACCACGAGAAUUUCAUGGUCACCGUGGACGGACGUUUGGUGCAUGUGGAUUUCGGAUAUGCGCUGGGCAGAGAGCCUUUGGACUCCCUUCUCAUCCACUUCGCUGUGCAAGGUGGGCGUCCGGCCACCACCAUCCAAUACGACGAGCUCUUCGAGGCCUUAGGCUCCGAUCUUCUCGACAGGAUCUUUUGGCCCGUGGUGCGGAAAGCCUUCCUGCGCGUGAGGCAGCACCCGGGUCUGCUGGCGGAGAUGUUUUACACCGCGCUGCUGAAGGACCGGCCCAAGGCCAAGGAGAAGUUCUGGCGCGACGCCCAGGGCUUCGUGGCGCGGAGCUGCGUCACCGCCAUGCCCACGGCCUCGGCGGAACGCUUCAUCCACUCGCUGCUGCUGCAGUGCACGCGCCAGGAGCGGGGCGCGCAGCUGCGGGAUGAGCUCAAAGGCCUGCGCCUUGGGGAGAAGACCUCAGAGGCGGUGUCCAAGGCCUGGCAGAAGGCUGGCAGCGGCACUCGCGCCGCCGCCGGCCUGGCCGCAGAGGUGGUGUCCGGUCCGGCCAUGCACCAAGUGCGAUCCGCGGCUCAACAUGUGGCCUUCGACCUCAUGGAGGGCGUGCGUGGACUCUUCGAGACCAGCCGUGGUGUCGGCUGAAGCUCGAAGCUCCUGGACCAAGGGAGUUUGUAAGCCACUUCCGGGCUUAAGUCUAUCAGGUGCA